UCGAACUUCCCCGGCUCUCUUCAGAGGUCCUGGUACGACACUCCAGCUACCAGCACCACACCGUCCAGCGGCGUGUCGUACCAGCUCAGCCCUCCAGACACCUGCGAAAAUGGCAACCGCGGAUUCUCUCCCGUCGAGCCAGCGGAGAGUUCCCGGGUCUGUAGAUAUUCCCCUCGCAAAAUGGCCCAUCCCCAGCAAAGGUGAUAUUAGCAUCGGGGAUGCAUCCGAGGCCGCUGACAAGGCGGUGGACUCCUUCAAUACCUCGUUGUCCAAGGGAGACUACAACGCGAUCGCAGACCUCUUCGUCGAGGGCGGCUAUUGGCGGGAUCACCUCGCCGUGACUUGGGAUUUCCGCACCGUGAAGGGAAGAACCCAGAUCGUCUCCUUCCUGGAGGGCGGGCACCGCCUCACCAAGAUCUCUAUCGACAAGGUCCAAGUAGUACCCUUCCGGGCAGACGCCUCCGUCGAGGGUAUCCAAGUAUUCAUCAAUGUCUUCGCCAAAUACGGAACCGGCCCCGGCGUUGCGCGUCUUAUCCACGACGACGGCCAAUGGAAAAUAUGGACUUUUUAUACGACCAUGAAUGCGCUUAGUUCCCGCAAGGAGUCUAUUGGCCCAAAUAGGCCAAUUGGUGCCCAGCAUGGCUAUCGUGAAGAUAGGAGAAAUUGGGUAGAGAGGAGGCAGGAGGAGAUCAGCUUUGAGAAUCGCGACCCUGACGUGCUCAUCAUCGGCUGCGGACAGGCCGGCCUUUCGGUCCACGCUCGGCUGAAAAUGCUCAACGUCGCCACUCUUGCUAUCGACGUGAGCGACGAGGUUGGUGACGCCUGGAGAAAACGCUAUCAUCAGCUCGUGCUUCAUGACCCCGUAUGGUACGACCACAUGCCUUACCUGAAAUUCCCAGAGUUCUGGCCGGUUUUUACGCCCAAGGACAAGAUGGCCGACUUUCUAAAGUCGUAUGCCGAAUUUCUCGAGCUCAACGUGUGGAACAGCACGAGUCUCGAGUCGAGCAGCUGGGAUGGGGAGAAGAAGCAGUGGACCGUGGUGCUCAAGCGCAAGCAUAAGGACGGGGCCGUCGAAACUCGCACGAUGUAUCCUAAGCAUAUCAUCCAAGCCACCGGCCACUCCGGGAAGAAGAACUUUCCCGAGUUCAAAGGCGUGGAAAACUUCAAGGGCGACGUUCUGUGCCACUCCUCGGAUUUCCGGGGCGCCAAGAAGAACACCAAGGGGCGCAAAGCCGUCGUGAUCGGCGCUUGCAAUUCUGCGAUGGACAUCUCUCAGGACUUUUACGAAAGCGGAUACGAUGUGACAGUGGUUCAGCGGUCGUCGACCACCGUCAUGAGCAGUAGGGCGGUGCUGGAAAUCCUGCUCAGUACGACCUAUUAUGAGGGCGGUCCGCCAGUCGAGGAGGCAGACCUGCUCACGUGGUCCAGCCCAAGCGAGGUUUAUAAGGCGGCGCUCUACGACGUCACCGCGCUCCAGCAAGAGUUUGAUCAGAGCAUUCUCGAGGGUCUCAACCGGGUUGGCUUCGAGACCGACAAGGGACCGAUGGACUGCGGGUUGUGGGCAAAAUACAUGCAGCGCGGCGGCGGGUACUAUAUCGACGUGGGCACGUCGCAGCUCAUCAUUGACGGCAAGGUCAAGGUGCACCACGGAGCCAGCGUCGCCGAAAUCUUGCCAUACGGAGUGCGCCUCGACGACGGGAUCGAGCUCGAGGCGGACGAGAUCGUCUGCGCGACAGGCUACCAGAAUAUGAGGACCACCACUGAGGCGAUAUUCGGGGAGGCCGUUGCCAGCAAGGUUCCCAACGUAUGGGGCUAUGACAAGGAAGGAGAGGCAAACGUGAUGUGGCGGCCGAGCGGCCAUCCCGGUCUCUGGCUUCACGGAGGGAAUUUGGCCGUGUGCCGCUACUUCUCGAGGCUCCUGGCUGUCCAGAUUGCAGCCCAGUUAGACGGGAUAUCCCCGGUUUGAUCGUCUCGAGCCGACCACGGCAUGAUGGUAGCCACUGCGGAGGACGUGU